CAGUAGAGAUCUGCAUUCUACAGUAAAUGUAGCAGCCACCAGGUGGUAGCAUUGUUCCAUAUAACACUGGAUGGAGCAACAACUUCCUUGUUGAGUGCACUGAAUACGGGAGAAACGAAACUAAAACCUAACUUUUGGCUUGACCGCAGUUCUGUCUUCAUCAGAGUAAUCAGCCAGACACAUUUUAAAUAGAGCGAUCAAGAAACAUGGCAGAAGCUAUGUCUACAAAUCAGGACCUUUUCACGUGUCCUAUUUGCUUGGAUGUCCUGAAGGAUCCAGCGACUCUUCCAUGUGGCCAUAACUAUUGCCUGGAAUGCAUUAAGGGCUGCUUGAACCAAGAAGACACGAAGGGAGUUUACAGCUGUCCACAGUGCAGACAGACAUUCUCUCCCAGACCCGUCUUAAACAAAAACCAUGUUUUUGCUCAGCUAGUGGACCACUUCAAGAGGACUAGGAUCCAGACUGCUGUAUCAGCUCAAUGCUAUGCUGAACAAGGUGAUGUAGGGUGUGAUGUGUGCGCUGGGAGAAAACUCAAAGCUGUGAAGUCGUGUCUGGACUGUCUGUUGUCUUACUGUGAUGCUCACUUCAAGGUCCAUAAUGACCUGCACCCUGGACGCCAGCACAAGGUGGUCGAUGCCACAGCUGACCUACAAGACAGAAUCUGCAGCCAACAUGAAAAACCACUGGAGAUAUUUUGUCGCACAGACCAAAGUUGUGUCUGUUUUCUCUGUAUGGUGGAUGAACAUAAAGGCCAUGACACAAUUUCAGCUUCUGCUGGGAGGAAGGAGAAACAGACUGAUUUGGGAGAGACUCAGAGGAGAAUCCAGCUGAGAAUCCAGGAGAGAGAGAUGAAGUUGCUGGAUCUGAGGAAGGCGGUGAAGAGUCUCAAGAACUCUGCGCAGUCAACAGUGGAGGAGAGUGAAAGGAUGUUUACUGAGAUGAUCCACUCCAUUCAAAAAAGGUGCUCUGAGGUGACAAAGUUGAUCAGAGCUCAGGAGGAGGCUGAGGUGAGUCGAGCUGAAGGACUCCUGAAGCAGCUGGAGCAGGAGAUUGCUGAUCUGAAGAGGAAAGACGCUGAGCUGGGGCAGCUUGCACACACAGAGGACCACAUCCAUUUCCUCAAGACCUUUCUGUCCAUCAGUGCCGCAUCUAAAUCUGAAGACCUACCCAGUGUCCAUGUGAGUGAAAGAGUCUCUUUUGACGCUGUGGCGAAGUCUGUGUCCACACUAAAGAAACAGCUGGAGGAUAUGUGCAAGCAGAAUGUCAUCAAGAUAUCAGCAUCAGUGACCCAAGUCAAGGUAGGCUUUACAGAACCCACAAACCGAGAGGAUUUGUUAAAAUAUUCUUGUGACUUCACACUGGAUGCAGACACAGCACAUUGUGACAUCUAUCUGUCUGAGGGGAACAAGAGUGCGAGCUACAGAAAACCAGUGCACCUUUCAUUUUACCAUCCAGAUCGAUUUGAUUAGUGGAAUCAAGUACUAUGUAAAGAAGGUGUGUCUGGACGCUGCUAUUGGGAGGUUGAGUUGGGUGGAAAAGGGUCUGUCUCUGUAGCAGUCUCAUAUAAAAGCAUCAGCAGGAAAGGAGGAGAUAUUGAUAGUGGGUUUGGAUAUAAUGGCAAGUCCUGGAGCCUACAGCUUUAUUCACACACAUUAAAGCACAAUAAUGAAGAUACUCAACUACCUCAAGUAGCAAUCAGCUCCAGAAUUGGCGUGUAUGUGGACCACAGGGCAGGAACUCUGGCCUUCUACAACAUCUCUGGCACAACAUUGACCCUCUUGCACAGAGUUCAGACCACUUUCACAGAAAAGAUCUACCCUGGGUUUUACAUAUCUGAGGGAUCAUCUGUGAAGCUGU